AUAUGCACAUUCAACUAACUUCAAAUUACAAUACUACUAUACUUUCCAAAAAAUAAUCAUCACACACCCAAACUCAAUCUCGAUCCCGAUCCAUUUAUAAACUCAGUUUUCGCCGACAUAAAACCAUGAUCAUAAAACGCACAAUCCGCCCUUUAUUCAGCGUCAUCUUCGUUUUCGCCGUCGCCGCUGUCACCCUUUUCUUCCGGGCAAUUGUCUCCGGCGCCGGACGAGACCCAUACCCAGACCAAAACCCAUUUAUUAUAUCCCAAACAAAACACAUUCCUUCUUUGUUUAAUGCGACUUUACUCAAGUUUUCUGAUGUGGAUUUAGCUGAUGCUUCAUUGAGGCAAAACGUCGAACAGUUGGUGGACGGUGAUUUCUUAAGCUUUAGGACCAACCGGCAGAGGUCUUUUUUGUCUGCUGGGAGGUACCGGUUAGAUAUAGGUGUGAGGAAUGUUAGAGGCAGUGCUAUGGAUCUCCGGUCGCCGGAGUUUCAUCAACUCCGGUUGGAUUUCCGGCGGGUUUUAAAAGAUUGGUGGCGUCAACGUAGGUUUGACUCUGAGGUAUUGUCAAAGUCAAAUUUGGUCAACGCCUUAAAGGGUGUGAAGUAUAAGAGUUGUGCUGUUGUGGGUAAUAGUGGGAUUUUGUUAAAAAGUAAUAGAGGUGAAGAAAUUGAUAGACAUGACUUCGUGAUUAGGUUGAACAAUGCGAGAAUCGGAGGGUAUGAGCGUUUUGUUGGGUCGAAAACGAGUCUUUCGUUUAUGAAUAGUAACAUUUUGCAUUUGUGUUCACGUCGAGGGGGUUGUUUUUGUCACCCGUAUGGCGAGAAAGUGCCUAUAAUGAUGUACAUGUCACAACCGAUACAUUUUCUUGAUUAUGCGGUUUGUAACUCCUCCUACAAGGCGCCCUUGAUGGUCACAGAUCCGCCGCUAGAUAUGUUAUGUAUGCGGAUCGUCAAGUAUUAUUCGGUUAAGCGCUUUUUGAAGGAAACCGGGAAGGAGUUGGAGUCGUGGAGUGGCUUACAUGGCGGGACUGAGUUUCACUAUUCGUCGGGUAUGCAGGCGAUUAUGCUUGCCUUGGGCGUUUGUGACAAGGUCAGUAUAUAUGGUUUUGGGAAGUCGGAUACGGCUAAGCACCAUUACCAUACGAACCAGAAAACCGAGCUCAGUCUGCAUGAUUAUCAAGCAGAGUAUGAUCUGUAUGAAGAUCUAGUCAACAACCCACAGGCCAUACCCUUCAUUUCAGAUAAGUUCAAGUUCCCCGCUGUUGUAAUUCAUAGAUAACACAUUUUUUGCCUACUUAUAUGCCAACACACGUCUAGUAAUUCCCACUUUGUUACAUAGAUUCUAAUCGAUUUUGAUGUAGACAAUGUAAAAGAAACACACAAUGAAUUCAAGAAGUUCAAGUUCCAAUUUUCUCA